GAAAUUUUGACUCUUCUUCCUUGCCGUAGCGUCAGCGCCGCUCUGGGUCCCCCUCCCUCUUCUACCUCCCCUCCCCCCCGGGCGGGAAUUGCGGAGCGUUGGUGGAGGAAGGCACUUGCCCGCGGCCCCAGCUGUAGAAGUACUGAAUUCAUUUUAAGUGAAUUUUGGAGAAUAAUAUAGUUCAGGGAUGCCUGAAAGUCAAAGGAAAAACAGUGAAAGCCACAGCAGCAGCGGUAGUUCCAGCACUGGCAGUUCUGUUGCUUGCUUUGGACAGUAUCAAUAUACAGCAAAUGAAUAUCAAGCUAUCCAGCAUGCUCUGCGUCAGAAACUGGGUCCGGAAUAUAUCAGCAGUCGGCAAGCUGGAGGAGGACAGAAGGUCUGUUACAUUGAGGGUCACAAGGUAAUCAGUCUGGCCAAUGAAAUGUUUGGCUUCAAUGGCUGGGCUCAUUCAGUAACUCAGCAGAAUGUCGAUUUUGUUGACCUCAACAAUGGCAGGUUCUAUGUGGGGGUCUGUGCAUUUGUGAAAGUCCAGCUUAAGGAUGGGUCAUAUCAUGAAGAUGUGGGGUAUGGAGUGAGUGAAGGCCUAAAAUCUAAGGCCUUGUCCUUAGAAAAGGCAAGAAAGGAGGCAGUAACAGAUGGACUGAAGAGGGCACUCAAGUGCUUUGGGAAUGCUCUUGGGAACUGCAUCCUAGACAAAGACUACCUACAAGCUGUCAAUAAGCUUCCACGUCAGAUGCCACCUGAGUUGGAUUUGAUCAAAGCUAAAAGACAGGACUAUGAGCCUGAAGUAGAGAAAGCAAGAUACGAUAGCUGUUUGGAAAGGCAAAGCACAGGAUGGAGACAACAUAGCGAGACAGUAUCUACUUGUAAACCUGGUCAGAUGGAGGCUUCCACAGAUGCUGAAGAUCAAAACCAGCCAAAUAGUUCCAGGUGCAGAAAUAUAGACUCCUCAGCUAUUGAGCAUGAUGCUACUUACCAGCGGAAAUUGCGGCAAAAGCAGCUACAGCAACAGUUCUGGGAACAGAUGGAGAAAAAGCAGCAGGUCUCAGUAGUUACUCCAGGCAGCGAACAGGCAACAGCCGAUCCUCCUGUAAAGCACAGCACUCCAACAACAGCACAACAGGAAUUAGCAAUAGAAGAGGAAUUCUUUGCAGAUGACCCUGAAAUUUGGGAUAUUUCCUUGGAGACCACUGAUCUUAACAUAGUGGGCCACAAAAUGGCAGGCCCAUCAACUGGACACCAGACAUCUGAAACACCCCUCGGACAUCAUCAAAUGACUACUUGUAACAGCACGCCUCAGAGAACAAAUUAUCACAAGUCUUCUGCAAGGCUUGCCCAAUUGCAGCCAUCUACUAAUCUCAUGAGCAACAGCCACUGUGCCAACUGGCCUGUAUCAGAGUACUGUGACAGUGGAGAAGAACUAUCCUCUUCUCCAUCUAAUAAUCCUCUCAAAGAAGAACUAGAGAAAAAUCAAGUUGAAGAGCACUUUUUGAAGCAGAGAAAAGCUUUAAGAAUUUUCUAUUUCUCACUGUCUCCCUGUUUAGCAGAGUGCACUCCACAUAGAAGUCAAAGCUUGAAGAAAAGAAGGCUAGAACCUACAUAAGACAUCUGGUGGUAUCAUUACCUAGACACUGAAUUACAUCAGAGGACUGCAGUUGGCUGUUCAAAUUAUGUGGGGAAAUAACGCAUUAAUGGAUUUUCCUGUAUAUUAUGAUGAUGCAACACAGAAGAGAGCUUAAUACAACCUACCAUGAAGACCUUAAUGUACUUUAGGGUCAUUAAAAUGUUUAAAAUCCCUUUUUCUAUAAACAAGUAAUUAUUAGUGCUUCUACAGCGCUACAUUUGUGGCUGUAUUACAAAUUGAAUUGAAGUUACAAUUAACUUGCUUGAAAUGAUAGCAGAAUUAAUCCUUGGUAUGAGAUGCAAGUCAUUGCUUCUUUCUUCCUCAGUGUUGCAUUUCAGCAUGAAGGAAACCAUUUUUCAGUAAAGUGGGGAGAAAGUGGAUUAAGGUCGCAUGAUGGAAAAUGUACAAGCUGUGGCCUCCCAUUCAGCAAGGCUGAGUGCUUAAAAUCAUUGGUGUCAGCAUCCACCUCCAAGCGCAGCCUAGCUGCCCCCUGUGGCUGCACUGGUGAGGUUGGAACCACUCACACUGACAAAAUUAUCUUCCCCAGGGUGUUCCUCAGCCACAGGAGCUUCCUGUGCAGCAGCACAUUCAGCUGUGCCGCUGCAGCAGGACAGCACAGGACCAGGAGCGCUCCGGGACUGCUGCUGAGGAGUUGCACAUGGAAUCUCAGCCUCAGACAGUGUUUGCUUGGGCCCUUCAUAAAAUGGAUGGGAAUUGAAGUUUUAUUCCUUGAAGUUUUUAGAUAAGCUUUCAGUCCUUUUUAAUAUUAAAAUAAACAUGAAACUUGGAAAACAAA